UGGCGUGGUAGUAGCAGGUUGAGUGUAGCGUAGUGUGUAAAAUUGAUUUCUUUUAUUUGUUAUGAAUUGAUAAGAGUAUUAUUUAUUGAUGAUUUUCAUCCCUAAAAAACAAUUAAAUAAUAUCAUAGUGAAAUAUAUUUGACACUUUAGUUCUUGUUGUUCAACUCUUCGAUUUCUACAACUGGCGGUGUUAGCAGAACAUGUGACGCAAAAACGCAAGAUGGAAGAGGAAAGUACUACUUGCGCCGGAGACACCUGCGACUCACCCCCGGUUGAAUCCCAGGUUAACGAGACUGAGCCUGAUGUGCAACAGCCAGAUGAAAUUAAAAAAGAAGAUCCAGUUGCUAGCGAUAACGUAAACGUAAAUGAUAAGAAUGAAAGUGGAAAUAGCAAAGAUGAAAGUGGCGUAGUACUCGACGGUUCAGAAGAGAAAAAUGUAACCAUAGAUGUAAAGGAAUCUUUUGUUGAACAUGAGCCAUGUGAAGGAAAUGAUGACGUGCGCUCACUCGGUGAUCUGGACAGCCUGCCCGCGGGUGACGAGAUGGCGCUGGGCGCUGCGGGCAGCGACAGUGGAGUAGAGGGGUGCGGUCGCGCUCUCAGCAGCGGCGGAGGGUCGCGAUCAUGCGCCUCCAGUGUCGUCUCCUGCGGGUCCGGCUGUGGCUCCGAGAGCUCGUCCAUAGCCGGCGCCCCGCCGCGGCCACGACGCCGCGUCAACGUUACCGUAGCAGAACCAAAACGCAGUUCCCCCUUAGGAUCGUCGACUCCGCGCCCGGUCACCGCGCCGCGAGGUCCCAACCUAGCCACCAGAGAACGAGCCCGAAGUCGAGAGAAACCCACACCGCCUGAAAAGCCCCGACCCCUAACUCCGAAGCCGCGAAUCCGUCCUACCGGCGACUUGCCCAAUCUCGUCCGCGAGAGCCCCGCGUUACGUGCCAAACCGACCAAAACCUCCACAGCCAGAUGCCGCACCCCGAAUUCGCCAAGCGAAGAGAAGAGGUGGCCGGCGAACGGGCCGCGGUUGACGACUGUCACGGACGCGAGUGCAGCGCGAGUGGCGGCAGACAAGUACGCGACUCUUCCUCGGCGGAGAAAAGAGGCUGACACAGAUGGGUCGCCUAAGCACGAGAGCACUCCGCCUACUUCCAGGAGGCCGACGGUGACGCGGUCGGCGUCCUCGCGGUCGACAAUCAAGACUCGCGUGCGAAUUUACGCCGAGAAAACCUCACAGACUGUGCUGCUCGGGACCGAUGUUGAAUCGGCUCUAGCGGGAAUAGUGCCAAAUAUUGAAAACCACGUAGAAGUAACCCGGUGCCAUCGAGGCGUGCAGGCGAGCGCGCGAGACGUGGAGGCGGCGCGGCUGGCGGCGGCGGCGGCGGCGGCGGAGGCGGCGGCGGCGGCGGAGCGAGAGCGCCGGGAACACGCGGAGGCGCAGUUGGCUGCUGAGCGAGCCGCGCGUCUUGCCGCCAUUGCUGAGCUGGAGCGCAACUCGCAACGGCUGCUGGAAUUGGCUGGCGCUGGUGCAGGCGCCGGCGCCGACGGCUGCUUGCGAGCGCUGGAGGAGCAGCUGCGGUCGGCCGGCGAGCUGUCCGCGCGGCAACGCUCCGAGAUCGACUCCUUAAGGGCGCUUUGUGAUAAAUUACAUGUAGAAGCUCGCGGUGCGCGCGAAUCGGCUAGAUCUCUAGAGGCGCGCUUAGCGGAGGCCGAGCGCGAGGCAGCCGAGAUGCAGGACUUCCUAGCGGCCGAGACCGCGGCCUUAGGAGACUCGCUGCGGGAGGCUGAUGCGGAGAUAGCGCGCCUCUCCGCAGACCUGGACAGAAGACGAGCGGAAUGCCGGCAGUUGGUCCGCAUGUGCGAGCAGCGGCGGCAGGAGGCGCUGGCGGCGGCGGCGCGCGCGCGCUCGGGCGGCGGCGCGGCGCACGCGCUGGACGCGCUGGCCCGCCGCCUGCGCGCGCUCACACACGCCGUGCGCGCCGCCUACAGCCUGCCGCGCGACGCGCUGCAGCCGCCCGUCUACCACAACGACGCCUACAGCCGCAGCGACAGCGGCGAGGCUCUCUCGCCAGAGGACGAAGGCCGCGGAGGCCUACUGGCGGCGGUGGCGCGUGCACUCAGGGCCGCACCUCUCGCCCCCGCGCCCGCAACCCCCGCUGCCCCCGCUGACGACGAGCGCUCGCGAGUGUCUGAUGACAACGACUCUGCAGACUUGCUUGACUCAGAGACGGAGCCUUGCCUUGUUACCGAUCCUGAAUGCGCGGAGGAGUGGUGGUCGGGCGCGGAAGGUGCCGAGGGCCCGGCGUGGAGCGGCGACGAGCUGUCGCCCGAGCGCGAGUCCGUCGACAUCGACGCCGACAAAGACCCAGAAUCAGCGUCAGCAUCUGAGCGCGAUUCCCUGCGCAAUCUAUCAGCGGCCAUCGCGCAGCGGCACCGCUCCGAGGCCGAGGACCUGGAGCGCGGCUCACUACUCGAGCGCGUGCUCACACUCGACAACCGUCUGUCCGACUUGCUGCGGGCUUUGCAACUCGCCGCCGCCGCCGCUGCUACCAGUGACGACGCCGCCUCUGCCAAGCUCGCCGCCGCGCUCAAAGACAAACUAGACCUGACAGAAAAGAACGUAGCAGACGUGGUGGUCAAGAAACUGGCGGAACUCGAUGCCAGCAAGAACCUCAUGGAGCAGUACCGACAGUCGAUCGAAGCGCUCAAAAAGCAAGUGGCUCAAUCCGGUGAGGAGGAAGAAUUAGAAUUUAUUGAAGAGGAACUAGCGUCAUGCAGCGAGAGCGAGCGUCGGGUUCGGUACGAGGCUCUCGACGCCGCGUUGCAAGCGCUGCACGCGCGACCUCGCGCCAUCCGCUCGUGGCCGCGCCUGCGCCGGCUGCAGCGCGACCUGGAGCUACUUGCCUUCGCCGUAGUCGCGCCCGCGCCGCCCGCGCGUCCGCAGCCGGGUCCGCCGCCGCCGCAGCUUCCCUCCACCGCAUAGCGGACACAAUAGUUCAGCGGUUCCCGAAAGGUGGUCUGCCGAACCCUGGGAUUCCGUGGAAAGGCCGCAAGGGUUCCGUAAAAAAUAUCAUCCCACGUUUC